CAAUCAGUUGAUUCUCGCUUGCCGCCAGUUUGGUGUAGUUUUGUUAUGAAUAGUUCCAAAAACGCAGUCCGGGCCUCUGCCUUCAAGUACGGACCAGCUGUCCGGAUCGGAAUCGCUGUCCUGGUCCUCCACACCGUCGGCUGGCUGGGCUGGAAGGCGGUGAACCAGGGUGCGGAAUCCAAGGAGGCGGCAGCGAAGGCCCAGCAAGAACAAUUACGAGCGGUGUUCGCGGAAAAGUGAUAUAACUGAGAUGAUAAGACUAUAUUGGUUAGCAAACCGCCGCGAACUGAGUGCAUUUUAGAUAAUUAUUGUUAGAAACCGAGCCAAAUAGGUGAAUUAAAAAAUAAAAUGAACUGUUUACUUA